CAGCAGCAACGGGCAAACAAGUAGGCAAGCGGGUAUCACUGUGUGGGUGCCCCGAGAACUGUGCCAGGCAGCUGUAGUUAUCAACGCCGGUGCGCUACAGCAAUCAGUCGCUCAGGAGCUUGAGUCAAGUACAGUCGCUCUAGUUAAUAACACCCAAGCAUCAUGUCUGAGAAGAAGGAAAAGACCAAGAAGAAGAAGGCCUCCUCCAAGGAAGAGACCCCUGCCGAUACCCCAGCAGAGACCCCAGCGGCCCCAACCCCAUCGGACUCCGGCUCUCAGCGUGGAUCCACCCGUGGCUCGUCUUCCCGCAAGGCUAAGAAGGCCCCAUCCUCCGUCUUCGUCCUCUUCUCCCAGAAGCAGAUCGCCGAAUUCAAGGAGGCCUUCCAGCUAAUGGAUAACGACAAGGAUGGUGUGAUCGGCAAGAAUGAUCUCCGUUCGACCUUCGAUGCCCUGGGCAAACUGUGCUCAGAUAAGGAAUUGGACGAAAUGCUUGGCGAAGCUCCGGGACCACUCAACUUCACCCAGCUGUUGACGCUGUUCGCCAACCGCAUGUCGGGAGGUGGCACUGAUGACGAUGACGUUGUCAUCAACGCCUUCAAGGCCUUCGACAUGAACGGCAAGAUCGACGGUGAGAAGUUCCGUUAUGCCCUGACCCACUGGGGAGUCGACAAGUUCACCGAGGAUGAGGUUGAUGAUGCAUUCGACCAGAUGGUCGUCGACGAUAAGGGCUUCAUCGAUACCGCCGCUCUGAUCUCCAUGCUGACCGGUACCGAAGAGGAAGCGGAAGAAUAAAUUGCUCAUCUUGCCUAAGUUGAGUCAAACAAAAAAACACAACAACUUCUAUUUAUUUACUUGUAAAACAACAUCUAGAACAAGCAGCGACAACAACAAUACGGAGAACAUCUUCAUGUAAUCACAAUUCCAUUUGCUUACAUCAUCUGAUUCUAAAUUAUUACUUUUAUUUUCUAUGAUAAGACAUGAAUUAUUAAGCUAUAAGGAAAAUAAAGUUAUAUAAAACAAACAACACAAA